AGUCCCACACGCAUAUAUAAAGAGUUUGGGUUGCUGCUAGGGUUUUAUUGGGAAGGGCUCCUUUUGCGUGAACCAAGUUACAGAGAGAGGCGAGAGAGAAGAAUCUCCUCCCCAUCGCCUUCUUCCCGCCGCUCGAUCUGCAAAGAUGGGUAUCUCUCGAGACUCCAUGCACAAGAGGCGCGCCACUGGAGGCAAGAAGAAGGCCUGGAGGAAGAAGCGAAAGUAUGAACUCGGACGCCAGCCCGCAAAUACGAAACUGUCUAGCAAUAAGACAGUUAGGAGAGUUCGAGUUAGGGGAGGGAAUGUGAAAUGGAGGGCACUCAGAUUGGACACAGGAAAUUACUCGUGGGGAAGCGAGGCUGUUACCCGUAAGACGCGUAUCCUCGACGUGGUUUACAAUGCCUCGAACAAUGAGCUUGUCAGGACACAGACCCUAGUGAAAAGUGCCAUUGUCCAGGUUGAUGCUGCACCCUUCAAGCAGUGGUACCUCCAACACUAUGGUGUUGAUAUUGGCAGGAAGAAGAAGGCUCCAGCCGCCGCCAAGAAGGAAGCCACAGAGGGCCAGGAGGGAGAAGGUGCUGCAGAGGAGGCAAAGAAGAGCAACCAUGUAACAAGGAAGUUGGAGAAGCGCCAGCAGGGCCAUAAGCUCGAUCCCCAUAUCGAGGAGCAGUUUGGUGGUGGUAGGUUAUUAGCUGCCAUUUCUUCCCGCCCUGGACAAUGUGGCAGAGCUGAUGGAUACAUAUUGGAGGGGAAGGAGCUCGAGUUUUAUAUGAAGAAGAUCCAGAGGAAGAAGGGCAAGGGUGGUGCCAGUGCUGCUUAAUUAAAUCCGCUCCAGGUUUCUUAUUUCUUGCUCUACCCCUUAGCUUUAGAUUCAUAUCGUGGUGGUGCUCUUCUAUUUAAUGAAGAAUGUCCUAAUGUGAACUCAUGCAAAUGACUGAAAUUUUGUUAUGCAUUUUUAGUUAUAUGAGAGACCUUAGCAAGUUUUAUGUGAUUCGACAUCGGAACGGUUUUGAACAAUCAUUUCCAUUAAUGGUAGACAUAAAUGUUUGGGGGAA